GCGCAGUCGGUUCAGAGCACAUCAUUAUCUCUGGCAGCGACAUCAGCAUCACCAACACGUCCGCUGCGGACGGAGGUGCCUUUGAAUCCAACAACAUGAGCAUCGUGGGUGGCCUCCUGGCCAUCAACGGAUCCACGGCCGAACGCGAUGGAGGUGCGAUUUCAUCGGCCAGCCUGACCAUGGAAAAUACCUCUGUCAGCAUCCGGAACACUUCUGCCGGACGGGACGGAGGAUCUAUUUCAUCAAGGGAAGUCAGCGGCUCCACCAGCAUGCUCCACAUCAGCGGGGGCGUCUCAGGCCAUGAAGGAGGUGGCAUGAGGGCCGGACACCUCGCCUGGCAUGGAGGGGCUUUGGUCAUGGAUGGCUGUUCGGCUCAGCUGUUCGGAGGCUGCGUCUUCAGCGACCAUGACCUCGCCUUGGACGGCAAGCUCAGCUUCGAACAUUGCCGCAGCGGCAGUGCCGGUGGCGGCAUGUACCUCAAAGGCCAUCUCAAGGCAGACAGCCGGAUCUCUUUCGCAAACUGUACCUCCCAGAUGGGAGAUGCAGUUUACGCCGAGGGCGACAUGCGACUGAAGGAGCUUGAAAUGUCCGGCUCAACAGCGAGCCUACGUGCACCUGGCCACAUUGCAAUCGCAUUGCUGAGCUGCUGGGAUGCCCGCAUCUGCUACGCAGAAGGGCAUGCGUCCCUGCAAGUAGCAAAUGCCGUUUGUCCGCGUGGAACGGGCUUUUUGCCAGACGAGCUCACAGAAGCGGGGCAGGGGUGCCUGCCAUGCCCAGCCAGCACGUUCCGAGUAUCCGGGCUGGCUCACAACUGCAGCCGCUGCCCCACGAUCCCCGGAGCAAACGUGGGCUGCACUGCCACCAAGCUUUCGAUACCAGCUGGGUGGACGGUGGAUUCAUCCAACUAUUCGAAUUGGGCCCGUUGCCCGGUCACUUCGACGUGUCCUGGUGGCCUGCUGGAAGCAGGCUACGAGGCCAAGGCGGGGCCCAAGGAGACUGCGCCGAUGUGCGCGGAAGGCUAUGCGGGAGCAGGGUGCAUGCAUUGUGCGGACAACUACUCGCGUGCUGACGCGAAUCCGCUGCAAUGCAUCCAGUGCUCGACGUCCACCAAAGAGGCAGCCUUCUUCAUGACGAUGCAGGUCGUCAAGAAUGUUGUGCUCCUGGUCUCUGCCGCAGCUUCGGUGUCAAAUGCCAAACGCGACCACGCGGCGAGCUCGAUUCUGAUCAACGAGUUGAUGGCGUUCGCGGCCGUCGCAACAAUUGCGAUGUCUGCAGUCAUGCAGACGCCAUCCUAUGGGCGGCUUUCCACAAGCACCCGCAACUCCUUGGUCUCCUUGCAGAUCCCGGUGGAUUUCGCAAGUGGUCAAGGCAACAGUGGGCAGUUUUCCAACCAGUGCUUCCUGGCGUUGCUGGGAUGCGCGCCCACGGCCAUCAACACCCAUUUGCUGACCUCCAUCGUGCCCGCCUGCCUCAUUGUAGGCUUGGCUGCAGUCCGAUCGACAGGGACGGCAGCUGUCGUUGGCACCAACGUCUUCCUGCCGUCCUUCAUGGCGAACUUCGGAAGAUACCUCGUCAUGUACCGCCUGCGACCCGAAGACACGGCCGGCAGUGCAGUGCAAUUGGAUUUCUUGCCUCCAGGGGCACGGACCAUUGUCAUCCCAGCGAUUCUCACAUGCAUCGCGGUGUGCCUCGCGGCAGGCGUCGGGAGCUGGACAUAUGCAGUCCAGACUCGCAAAGAGCCCCUACCUGCGCACGUCCUGUACUUGACCGCGGCCUAUCAACCCAGCUGUGCGGCUUGGGAGGUCGAGCGCCUGAUCCGCAAAAUGCUUCUCUCCUUGCUCACGGCCAUGGUUCCAGUCUCCCUGUCGCCAGCUCUGCAGAUGGGCGGAGUUGGCAUGAUCCUCCUGGUGUCCCUGACUCUCUACAUGCGCUACAAGCCCUACAAGGUGGACAGGUGGAACAAGUCGGAGGAGGCUUUGCUCGUUGCUGCCUUGGCUAUGACCAUCAUGACCACCUGUCUUCUUGCCAAUGAUCUUCACUGGGCCCGCUCAACUGGCACGCAGGAUGCCCUUAUGUUCGCUAUCGGUUUUCUGGCUGCCGGAGUUACCCUCACCAUGAUGGUCCUCAUCGCACGCGCUUUCUACCGUGAGCACUAUGCGAAGUAA